AUGGCAAGCCCCCAGUCGGUCGCGUCUCCUAGGCGCAGUCGAGGUUUCAGCUUGAAGUCCGACAAAUCUCAUCAUUCCAGCAACUCCGGCAGUCACCACAAAGUCCAUCUCUCUGAAUCUGCAGAAGAAAAACACAGACGCACUCUACAUACCAAAGCCGACCCGAUGGUUGCUAUGAGCGAAGCCCAACCAAUGGCGGUUGCACUCGAAAAGUCGAAUUUGGGCAACCUGAGGGCCAUGCAGCACAAAGAUCAAUUCGGGAAUGUCAUCACUGAUCCCGAUCUUUCCAAUCCCACCCGUCCUCGUCUUGAGCGCCCGUUAGACACUAUCCGAUCGUUCGAAGCGGCGAUCUAUGGAACAUACACUGGCAGGCCGGCCUCGUAUGCGAAAACCGGCCACAACGGAUACGCAAAUCGCGGGUACGGUGAACAAGAAGGCUACUACAACGGCCGAGGGACGUAUUCACGACCGGAUAGCUAUGUCGAAGGCGGUUACGGUGCUGGUCCACCCCCCGAGAAUUACUAUCCAUACAACCAGAUGAGCGGUCGACCGCGACCACGCCACCACCCACGCAUGAACUCGGAGCACUACGGAAACAAUGCGUCCAACGGAUACGCCCAGAACGGCUAUGCUCAGAACGGUUACGGGCAGAAUGGUUACCACAAGUCAUACGAGAACGUGACGGCGGCAUCAGGCUCCGGAAGCAACACAGAGCCAUGGGGAAAUUCGACCGAUCCAAGUUCGGUGAACAGUUCGAUAGACCAACUGCAACAACAGCAGCGAAUGGACGAGCGAUCGGUCGCGGACAACUUUGGCUUCCAGGGAUUCGGCCCAGGGCCGAAUCUCAACGGCAAAGUAGCUGCUUCAGGUGGGGCUGGGCCUGAGAGAAUCGUGCUGGGUAAUAACCAGAGCUCCGCUCCAGCCACCGACUCUGGCGGUCCGGUAGGAGGUGGACCUGCACCCACCACCCGCCGUCAACUGCGCAAGACGAACAACGUUCCUACCGCAGCGCCCGCAGCAGCGGGUGAUACGAAGCGGAAGAGUUGGUUCAAGCGACGAUUCAGCAAAGACUAA